AUGGCGGCUCAUUGCCGGUUCGUAAUCGAUUUGCUAUUGCUGCUAGUAGCAGCGGCCUCUGUAAGAGCUUCGACUGUGUUCCAACCUAUUAAGACACACACCAAUAACAAUGGUAUAUCGUUACCUGAACAGGUGGUAGCUACCGAUAACAAAAAUGAAGAGAUUAAGUCUGAGGAUAAACCCAAGCCCGCUGAGCCGUUGAACCUCAUAUUCAAUCCUACGGCGCAGCAAGUAUCGGACGAAAACAAAAAACUGUUAGAUGUUAUGGAAUCGGGUCUGCACAGCCUAAGGACCGCAUUCGACUGCCUUACCCACUUGAUACAUCUGCUUCCGGAAUCAGAGAAACAAAACUCCAUCACUGUGGACAAGAAGAGUUAUACCAUAGCGGAAUUGCUCGACUCCCUUAGCAAUUAUAUUGCCGAUGGUGAAAAGCAGCAAAGGGUUUUGAUAGAAGGAACAGCUGAGAUACUUCACAAAUUAGCCACACCAAACAGCACAUCGCAAAACGCACAAUGA